GGUUUUAGUUUUAAUGCAAUGUAUAUGCAUUAUGUUGUUUUUGUGAACUUUAAGUAGUAUUUCAUAAAAGUAAUAUUCAUCUCACUUCUCUGUGCAUAAUUGUACAUUUUCUGCACUUGCAAUGUAUUCCAACAGUUUUAUGAAGAGAUGAGACUUUGAACCAGCUGGAAUACGCUCAUGUUGACAUGCUUGUAACGGGACAAGAAGCUUAGGCGUCCCAAUUUACCCACCGUCCCAGAUUAUCCUAAUUCCCCCUGGAUUCACCUCCAGUAACUGUCAUCAACUGUCCCGGGACAGGUUUUUGUAAAAGAACAUGUCAGAAAACGCAGAGAGUGACUCAGUAGCACAUAAUGAGAUGCAUUUAGAAACCAGGUCAAAUGAAAUAAAGCCUCUGUCUUGUUAUUAUUAGAAUGCAUUAUCAAGGAUGCAUUCUGUUCACAUUAGGCUGUUAUUGCUUUUAUUGUUUGAUAUCUGCACUGACUGAGAUCCAACUGAUGACCAGUGUGUGUGUGUGUGUGUGUGUGUGUGUGUGUGUGUGUGUGUGUGAGAGAGAGAGAGAGGGAGGGGCGUUGUCAUCGAGAUGUCCUUCGUCUCCAGCUCCGGGUAAAGAGUGUGUGGAUCAGAGCGAGAGCAUCCGACACUAACAGCAGCCGCUGCACGCCUCCAGGAUCAGAAACUGAAAGAUCAAUUCUAGUGAAAAAUGGGCGUGUCCAAGGUUCUGCUCGGCCUCGCCCACCUCACGAGUCUAUUGGCCGCCGCUGUGAUGAGUCAUGAGGGGGCGUGUCUGCGGGACGGGAGACUCAAAGCCACACCCAGCCCAGAGCCUCAUCUCCAGCAGUGUUCGCUCUACAGGGAGAACUCGUGUUGUUCAGAGAAGGAUGUCCAGGAUCUGUCCGGCGUGGAUAACUCUCACUGGGAUAAGUGUGGUGUCCUCAGCCCUCUCUGUGAGUCCUUCCUGAAGCGUGCCGUCUGUUUUUACCGCUGUUCUCCUGAUGCUUCUCGCUGGCCACACCCACAUCGUGACUCCUCCCUGAAGGCGGUGCCUCUGUGUCACAGUUUCUGCAGAGAUUGGUACGAGGCAUGUAAAAUGGACAUGACGUGUGCUCGGGACUGGACCACUGACCCACGCGGACAGAACUGCAGCGGCGGAUGUGUGUCCUACCAACAGAUGUACCAACACGGCCGAGACCUCUGCGAGAGUCUUUGGGGAGACGCUUUCAUGACGGUGGAAGACGACCCCGGGGAGGAAGACGGUGUUGAAGGCCAUAGCUGCGGCUGUCUGACCCUCAGCCCGUCUGAUCGAGAGGUGAUCGCCGCUCUGAGGGUUCAGGAAGGAGACGCUGAAGAACUGGACACCACCAAGAGUGGGCUGCCUCAGUACAGAGCCCCUUGCCCCCCCGCAGGGCCCCAGACACAGGCCCGGAGGAACAACGCCGUGCUGCACAAGCGCUCCGUGCUCACCGGAGACAUGGAGGGCAGCGGAAGCGGCUUCUAG